AUGCGUUCCAGCCAGCGACCUGGCAGCCUGGUCAAAGACUGGCCCAUCCAGCCAGCGACCUGGCAGCCAGGUCAAAGACUGGCCCAUCCAGCCAGCGACCUGGCAGCCAGGUCAAAGACUGGCCCAUCCAGCCAGCGACCUGGCAGCCUGGUCAAAGACUGGCCCAUCCAGCCAGCGACCUGGCAGCCUGGUCAAAGACUGGCCCAUCCAGCCAGCGACCUGGCAGCCUGGUCAAAGACUGGCCCAUCCAGCCAGCGACCUGGCAGCCUGGUCAAAGACUGGCCCAUCCAGCCAGCGACCUGGCAGCCUGGUCAAAGACUGGCCCAUCCAGCCAGCGACCUGGCAGCCUGGUCAAAGACUGGCCCAUCCAGCCAGCGACCUGGCAGCCUGGUCAAAGACUGGCCCAUCCAGCCAGCGACCUGGCAGCCUGGUCAAAGACUGGCCCAUCCAGCCAGCGACCUGGCAGCCUGGUCAAAGACUGGCCCAUCCAGCCAGCGACCUGGCAGCCUGGUCAAAGACUGGCCCAUCCAGCCAGCGACCUGGCAGCCUGGUCAAAGACUGGCCCAUCCAGCCAGCGACCUGGCAGCCUGGUCAAAGACUGGCCCAUCCAGCCACACUGGCAAUGUAGCGAGUUGUUAGGACACACAAAGCAAUAUCCAUAAUAGAUAAAUAAUGUGGUCUUAAUAACAAAUCAAUUACAUUGAUCCUACACCUAGGGGUGUGUGUGUGCGUGUGCGUGUGCGCAGUAUCAUGCUCAUCACCAUCCAUUACUAGUCUGUGUCGCCAUUGUUAAUUCCACAGGUUCCCAUUGGAGAAAUCAUCCCCCCAGAGAGCCAAUC